AUUUCUUUUCUAAGCUCUCCUUUUCCCUUAUAGAGCAAGUAAAACAUAGAAAAAAGAUAUUUCCAGAUUUUGGGAAAUUCUUUGGAGAAGUAUAAUGGAGGCUAGAGCCGGCUCCGACCUUCCUCCUGGGUUUAGGUUCCACCCAACUGAUGAGGAGUUGAUCGUGUAUUACCUUCGGAACCAAGCAACAUCAAGGCCAUGCCCUGCUUCAAUGAUCCCGGAGGUCGAUAUUUACAAAUUUGAUCCAUGGCAAUUACCCGAAAAAGCAGGAUUUGGAGAGAAUGAAUGGUACUUCUUUAGCCCGCGGGAUCGGAAAUACCCAAAUGGGGUGCGGCCUAACAGAGCAGCGGUGUCCGGGUAUUGGAAAGCCACCGGCACCGACAAGGCUAUCUACAGUGGGUCGAAGUACGUCGGGGUGAAGAAAGCUCUCGUGUUUUACACGGGCAGGCCGCCGAAGGGCGUGAAGACAGAUUGGAUUAUGCACGAAUAUCGCUUAUGUGAUUCGCGUAAACAACCCAGCAAGCGUAUGGGAUCCAUGAGGUUGGAUGAUUGGGUCCUAUGUAGGAUCUAUAAGAAGAAGCCUAUGGCCAAGUCUUUGGAGCAAAAAGAGGAAGACUUUCUCCUGCCUGCUCAAAUUGAUGUGACGACAGAGCAACAACAUAUGCCAAAAUUUCCAAGGACCUGUUCCCUUACUCAACUAUUGGAUAUGGAUUAUUUGAGCUCAAUCUCCCAACAUUUAUGUGACAAUUCAUACAACUCAGCCUUUGAUUUCCAAAACAUCAUGGGCAAUGAUGAGAAACCCAAGCUAGGGGAAAUGCCCUACCAAUAUAUGAUGGAUUCAGCCUCAGGGAAGUUUCAAGUGAAUCAGGGUAGCAUCCUGAGCCAGCCUAUAUUCUUGAAUCCGGUGUAUGAUAUGCCUGGCUUUGACCGCUAAAGAAAUUAAAAAAAAAAAAAAAAAAAAACUGUUCUGGUUUAUAUAUUAUAAUGGGCAUCAACCAAUGAGAAAUUGUCUCCGAGAUAUCUUACAUCAGGAACUUGAUUCCCAAUCGGGUAGAUCAUAUAAUGUCAAUCUUGUCUAUAAAUAAUCAAUGUGAGCUUCACAAGUUUACGUGAUCCCCUCUCUUUUGGGUGACUGCAAAUUCUGUUUUAUUAGACUUACUAAAUCUAUAUAAAAGUAAUGAAAACAUGUUAAAAGUGUUAAACUAUU